UCUCUCCAGAUUCCGCAGACCUUCUCAAGUGGUGGUAUCCUCAUUCUUGCAAUCCUAAAAUUUCUUGACGACUUUUUUGUGGAAAACAAGAAGCAUGUAUCGUAUCACACCUAUGUUCUUCUUUCUUCAUCAUCUUAUUCUCACCACUGCUUCCAGUUAUUACCCUGUGGAUGACAUUGCUGUCAACUGUGGCUCUUCCGGAAACUCAAUUGCCUUCGAUGGCCGGGAGUGGACUGCAGAUAUCAGAUCAGAUGGCAAAUCAAUGAGUUCAAAAGUUCUCCAAUCCCUUUCUGUUGAUCCUAUCCCCUACACGAGUGCUCGGAUUUCCCGCUCUGAGUUUGCCUAUACUUUCCAAGUCAGUCCAGGCCAAAAGUUCAUCCGCCUGCAUUUCUAUCCAGCAUCAUACUCGGGUUUCAAAAAGUCUAGAGCUGUUUUUACAGUAAAAGCUGGAGCAUACACCCUUCUCAGCAACUUCAGUGCUUCCCUUACGGCUGAUGUGCUGGGGUUGAAAUCUUUUGCUAAAGAGUUCUGUGUGAAUGUGGAAGAAAGUGAAGCACUCAAUAUAAUUUUCUCUCCAUCACCUAGUACUUCAAAUGAUAUGUAUGCUUUUGUCAAUGGCAUAGAAAUCAUCUCCAUGCCAACUGGUCUUUAUCACACUCCUGAUGGUGAUCCAGGGGCUCAUGUUGUUGGCAAGAAAUAUCGAUUCCAUAUUGAUAACAACACUGCACUUGAGUUGGUACAUCGCUUAAAUUCCGGGGGGAGCUCCAUUUCAUCUGUAGAAGAUUGGGGCAUGUUCAGAAGGUGGUCAGAGGAUUCGAAUUAUUUGUUGGAACUGGGUGUUUUACCAGUUACUACGUCCAUUCCAAUCAAGUACACAAACAUCCCAAUGUAUACAGCUCCGCAGAGAGUUUACCAAACUGCUUGGUUAAUGGAUCCGAACAAGCAAGCAUGCAAUCUUACAUGGAAAUUACCUGUGGAUUUGGGAUUCAGGUACCUGGUUAGGCUUCAUUUCUGUGAGCUUGAUUAUGGGAUAAAAGAGGUAGGCCAAAGGGAGUUUAGUAUCUUCAUAAUCAAUAAGACUGCUGAGGCUCGUGCAGACCUGAUCAAAUGGAGUGGCGGAAAUGGGGUUGCAUUGUAUAGGGACUAUGUGGUGAUGAUGGCUGGUAAUAGAAUGGAAGGAAAGUCUGACCUGAUCAUAGUUUUACAAGCUUGCUACAAUGAGUCAAGGUCCAAAUACCAUACUGGUGCAAUCCUAAAUGGAAUAGAAGUGUUCAAGUUGAGCAACCCUGACAAUAAUCUUGCUGGCCAGAAUCCCAAUUCUCUUGCACAUUCUCCUGCCUUGACCACCCCAAAGCUCCAGAAAUUAAUAAUAGCCUUUGGCAAUAAAAAUGUGAUCAUAAGUGGUCUGAUCAUUUUGCUGAGUUCCUUGAAUGUCAUUGUCUAUCAAUUGCGUUGUUGGGCAGAGAGAGCCGAUCAAAAAGAUAGAUCUGAAUCAUCAAAGCCAAAGGAAUCGUGCCGCUGUUUUUCACUUAGUGAGAUUCAACUUGCGACCAACAAUUUUGAUGAUGCCUUGAUAAUUGGCAUUGGUGGAUUUGGUAAGGUGUACAAAGGGCUCAUUGACAAAGGAGCCACCACUGUUGCAGUGAAGCGCUUGAAGUCAAUGUCCAAGCAAGGGGCUGAGGAAUUCUGGACAGAGAUCAAGAUGCUGUCCUAUCUCCGGCACACUCAUCUUGUCACUCUGAUUGGAUAUUGCAAUGAUAGUAACGAAAUGAUCCUUGUCUAUGAGUAUAUGGUCAAUGGGACACUCGCUGAUCAUCUCCACAAAAUGAGUACAAAUGGCAAUGGAAGAAUUUCUCCUCUAUGUUGGGAGCAACGACUAAGCAUAUGCCUUGGGGCUGCACGUGGAUUGGAGUACCUUCAUACUGGUGCCCAGCAUAGGGUCAUACACCGCGACGUGAAGACCUCUAAUAUUUUGUUGGAUGAGAAUUGGGUAGCUAAAAUUUCAGAUUUUGGGUUAUCUAAAAUGGGUGGGAACACCACAAACCAGUCAAGCACGAGCACCUAUGUGAUCACGGAAGUUAAAGGCACAUUUGGGUAUUUGGAUGUGGAGUAUUUCUUGACUAAUAGACUGACCAGAAAAUCGGAUGUGUAUGCUUUUGGAGUGGUAUUAUUUGAAGUGCUAUGUGGUAGGCCAGCAGUGGAUAAGAGAUUUGAGGGAGAAGAACGCAGCCUAGCACUUUGGGCCCAGCGCUGCAUCAAAGAAGGAAAACAUGAUCAGAUGAUUGACUCGAGCAUAAAGGGGCAAAUUUCACCGCAAUGCCAGAAGGUCCUUCUGGAAGUUGCCAACAAAUGCUUACAUAAUCGUCCAAGUGAGCGGCCUAGAAUGUCAGAUGUGGUGCAGAGGCUUGAGUUUGCACUAGCAUCACAGGACCAGAAUGCAUAUUCUUCUACAGAUACAGAGGUUGAGCAGGAGGAGGCCAUUAAUGUUAGUAUGGCUGUCAACAUGUCAAUUGAUACGAUUACGGAGGGGGAGGAGGAGAAGGGGAAGGGAAAUGAAGAAGAGGUGGUUGAUGUUGAUGUGGCUGACAUAAAAAAGGUUGAUGUGAUUAAGCAAUCGACUGUUUCUCAGCAACCUAUGGACUCCCCUGUAUUGAUAACAGAUAGUACACCUAGUAUGCCCAAGGAAAAAGCUAACAAGAAAAGUCUAACCAAGUUUGUUCAGAGUAUUGUACGAUGGAGAAAGACAAAGGCCAACAAUUCUAGUGAUGGAUCAUCACUCUCUGGAGGCAUGUCAACAGCCAAAGAAAAACCUUCCCAAGCAUUGCCAGAAAGUUCAUGCAGUUCUCCACCUUUACCAGCACUGCCUGGCCGUUCUUUUUCACUUGCUGAGAUCCAUGAAGCCACAAAUAACUUUCACCGUAAUCUUGUUAUCAAGUACGGUGGUCCUGGUGGUGAGAUGUACAGAGGUUAUAUUGACAACGGAGGACUUCAGGUUGCAAUUGAAAGGCGUAUAACAGAGUCAGAGAACAAGUUUCUUGAAGAGGUUGUGAUGCGCUCUCGGAUCCAUCACCUCCAUUUGGUUUCUUUCAUUGGAUACUGCAAGGAUUCUGGUGAGACAAUCAUCGUGUAUGAGUACAUGGUGAAGGGAAGCCUUCGUGAUCAGCUCUAUGGAACAGGUAACGAUCCUCUUCCGUGGAAAAAGAGACUUGAGAUCUGUAUUGAAGCCGCACAAGGACUACAUUACCUUCACACUUGUUCUCAGGGGCAAAUCAUCCAUGGUGACCUGAAAUCAAGCAGCAUUUUGUUAGAUGAGAAAUGGGUUGCCAAAGUUUCGGGUUUGGAAGCAUCCAAGUUAGAGUUAGACGGUAACAAUAUGACUGGAACUCUUUUUACUCAUGUUAUCAUGAAGACGCAUGCAUACAAGGAUCCUGAGUACUUGAUGAGUGGACACCUAACUACCAAAUCUGAUGCGUAUUCAUUUGGUGUAAUAUUGUUGGAAGUACUUUGUGCUGUGGAACCUUAUAGUCCUCAUCUAGCCAGGGGUCAAACCUAUCUAACGCACCGGUUUAAGCGCUGCAUUCAGAAGAAAACCAUUGAGCAGAUUAUUGAUCCAUAUCUGAUCGGGAAGAUAGUACCCAAAAGUUUGAGGGCAUAUGUCAAGGUUGCAGAAUGCUGCUUGGGUUUCCGUGGAGAUGAGCGGCCAUCAAUGAAUACUGUGGUGCAGAGCUUGCAGCAAGCAUUGCAGCUGCAGGAGACAGACGAAAGCUCAUACAAGUUUAUUAAGCCUGGUGAUCCUCCAGAGAAAAUCCACGAGGCUGCCGUUAGAGCUUACAACAAGGUUUUGUAAGGCAUGCUUUUAUGAAGAAACUAGAUAAUGGAUGGAAAAUAAGAUCAGUGUUUGGUAUUAGUUUUGAAACAAGAUAUGUUUCUUGCUGCAUUUUAUGAACACAUUUGCGCUUGUAAACUUUACCAUACUAAUGUCGAAAAUAACAUGGCUCCAAACAUUGUUAUAGUGACACUUACUGUGUUGCAAAAGAAUAGAAAUAAGAGCAGCGAUAUAAACUUAUGACAGUUGCUGCCCUUGUUGUCGCCAUUUUCUUGCUCAUGAUGUAGUAGUAGAGAGAAUUAUCAAUCCCUUUGACAGGUAUAGAUGAGUCAACUUCAAACAAUCACUGCCUCUCUCCGAACAGUUAUCAAAAAUGUUGAUCGAGCCCGAAAGAAUCCGCUGGAUUUGUUGACUUGAUUGGCAAAAGGAAGAAGGAAGCUUCUUCAGACGUUACUGCCCGAGCUUGUUAUGGAAGGCUGCUCUCCCAGCUCAAGACGAAGCCUCAUCUUUCUAGCAUUUAGAGUCAUCUGUUGCAGGCUUUACCCUGCUAUGCACAAAACUCUCCUUACAAAAGUAGCAGCCAGGAUCAGGAUAAAAGGUCAACCGAGCAACUAACUCAUUUGGAGACCAGUUCAUGAGAAACGCCGUCUUCGUGGGUGAAGCUUUCAAACUCAACAAAGUGCUUCGAUAGCACAUACUUGAAUAUGGCUAAUAUAUCCGUUCUAUCAAGCUCUAGGACACGGUUCAAGGGGCUGUUGGUGAUCCUGCACUGUGCUUUUGGCUCAUAUAACAACACCCUGUCCAUUGAAAUACAGAGUUUCAAGCUAGGAGUUUUCUACAUCCAUGUUAUACACUUGUACAUGCAUUAGUUAUCUUCUACUGGUUUGUUUUCAUCUUGGGAUCAUUUCAUUUUUGUUUAAAUCUUGGAUAAAUUGUGACACAAACUAUGUGUUGGUUUUUAACCUGUCACCAGGCUACAAGGGCUUCUUUGAACGAUGAAUAGAUCGACUAAUUUCCAUUGCAUUUGAAUCAUAUAUGACAGUUCUGCUUUUUACUGCA